AUGUUCUACGACGGCAGCCCAAAAUGGAGCGAAUAUCUUCCCCUCGUGCCGUUGGGCAUUCGUAGUCAGACCUCGUCUAUGGGCCUCCCUUCGCCUUCCUGGCAGGUUCUUCGACCCCAGCCGCUUGACAACCUACAGUUGACAGCAACAGACUACAUUGGGCGCCUUCGCGACCAUUUCUCCCGCGUUCGACCCAGUGCCCCUCGAGUUCCUAGUACCCAUCGGGCCUUCGUUUCACCCCACCUCCGAUCAGCGUCUGAAGUUUUUCUACGGACUGACGCCCUACGGGGGUCUCUACGGCCCCCCUACUCUGGACCACACCACGCGAUCGAACGCCAUCCCAAAUACUUUGUCAUCGACCACGGUGGUGGUCGGGAAACGGUGUCUAUCGAUCGGUUGAAAGCUGCUUCCACCGAAUCAGACACUCAGCCGCCCUUCCUUACAGCUUCCGGCUCCAACCCCACCUGCCAGCUACACCUACCUCUCAAACCCCCCAGGCGGGUAUCCUGA